AUGUCACUCACGCUGUGGAGCGGCGUGAACCCUGAGAACGCGCGCACGCUCAAGAUUCUUGUGGCGGCGGCCCUCGCCAACGUGCCCGUGACACUCAAGCCGUGCGAGUACGGCCGCGAGAACGAGACGGCGGAGUACUGCCGCAACUGCAGCCCGUGUGGCCGCUACCCCGCGCUGCAGACGGAGGAGGGCUACAUCUUCGAGUCCAACGCCAUCCUGCGGCACAUCGCGCGCCUCGACCGGAGCGGCGGCUUCCUGUACGGCCGCACGCCGCUGGAGGGCAGCCAGGUGGACAUGUGGCUCGACUUCGCGACGACGGAGCUGGACGCGGCCGUGACGCCGUU